AUGACGUCAUCACUUCCACGGCGGGCAGAGCAAGCGCCCCCCGAGGACCGCAGGGGAUUGAAGCCGGGACUUCCGCUCGGAUUUCCCAGGAGUCUCCUUUCCGCCCGUGCCGUGCGUCUCUCCCGCUGCGCCUUCUCAUUGGCCGGCUGGGGGGAGGCGCCUGCGCGCUGCCUUCCUUCGCGGGUCGGGGCAGACGCCAUCUUGGCUCCGAGGUGCUUCCGGGAAGGGAGCCGCCUCCGCGUGCGAGGCCCCUGCUGCGUGCGGAGCGCGGCGGGGGUCUCUCCUGCCCAGGGCUUUUCGGUAGCGAGGCCCUCGGGUCAGGGGGAGGGGGCGGCGCGCUCCCUCGACGUCUCGGCCUCCGCAGAUGACGGCGGCGCUACCCCAGUGCAGGAUGAGCGGGAUUCAGGGUCAGAUGGUGAGGACGACGGAAAUGAGCAGCACUCGGGAUCCGACACUGGAAGUGCAGAGCGCCAUUCAGAGAAUGAACCUAGCGAUCGAGAGGAUGGCCUCCCCCAAAGACGUCACGCGGCAGACUCAGAGAACGAUGAGCCCUCCAACCUGAACGCCAGUGACUCUGACAGUGAGGAGCUGCACAGGCCCAAGGACAGUGACUCUGAAUCCGAAGGACACGCAGAGCCCCCUGUGAGUGAUUCUGAAAACGAGGAUGUCGGUCGGCGUGGAAGUGACUCUGAGAGUGAGGAGACCAGGAAAAGGCCUGGUAGUGACUCUGAGAACGAGGAGCUUCUCAACGGGCAUGCCAGCGACUCCGAGAGCGAAGACGCCAGAAAGCAUCCCGCCAGUGACUCUGAGGUUGAGGAGCUCCGAAAAAGUCCUGCCAGUGACUCUGACGCCGAGGAUGCGCUAAAGCCUCAAGCCAGUGACUCCGAGAGUGAGGAGCCCCCGAGGCACCAGGCCAGCGGCUCCGAGAAUGAGGAGCCUCCCAAACCUCGGAUGAGUGAUUCGGAGAGCGAGGAGCUUCCCAAACCCAGGGUCAGCGACUCGGAGAGUGAGGAGCCCCGGAGGCAGCAGGCCAGCGACUCCGAGAACGAGGCGCCUCCCAAACCCCGGGUCAGCGACUCCGAGAGUGAGGAGCCUCAGGAGGGGCCUGCCAGUGACUCCGACGCCGAGGACACCUCGAGACACAAGCAGAAGCCAGAGUCCGACGAUGACAGUGACGGGGAGAGCAGGGGAGAGGACGCGGAAGUGCCGAAGGACUCCUUUCGUUCAGACAGCCAUGCAGACAGAGAAGCGUUUCCCCGUUCUGACAGCGAGGAGGAAGAACCCAAAAGGCCGAAGGUUGGCAGUGAUGGAGAUGAGGACAAGGAGGGCGAGGAGGACAAAGUAGCAAAGCGAAAAGCCACCGUGCUGCUCGACAGUGAAGACGAAGAGAAAGCAUCAGCAGCAAAGAAGAGUCGUGUUGUCUCUGAUGCAGAUGACUCUGACAGUGAUGCCAUAUCAGACAAAUCAGGCAAAAGAGAGAAGACUAUAGCAUCUGACAGUGAGGAGGAAGCAGGGAAAGAAGAAUCACCCGAUAAGAAAAAUGAAGAGAAGGAUUUAUUUGGUAGUGAUAGUGAGUCGGGCAAUGAAGAAGAAAAUCUUAUUGCAGACAUAUUUGGAGAAUCUGGUGAUGAAGAGGAAGAAGAGUUUACAGGUUUUAAUCAGGAAGAUCUGGAAGAAGAAAAAGGUGAAACACAGGUAAAAGAAGCUGAAGAUUCAGAUUCUGAUGAUAACAUAAAGAGAGGAAAACAUAUGGACUUUCUGUCGGAUUUUGAGAUGAUGCUGCAGCGGAAGAAGAGCAUGAGUGGCAAGCGCAGGCGGAACCGUGAUGGGGGCACCUUUAUUAGCGACGCAGACGACGUUGUGAGCGCAAUGAUUGUCAAGAUGAAUGAAGCUGCUGAGGAAGACAGACAGCUGAACAACCAGAAAAAACCAGCACUGAAAAAAUUAACUUUGUUACCUACUGUGGUUAUGCACCUGAAGAAGCAGGACCUUAAAGAAACCUUUAUUGACAGUGGUGUGAUGUCUGCCAUUAAAGAAUGGCUCUCACCUCUACCAGAUAGGAGUUUGCCAGCACUAAAGAUUCGGGAGGAGCUGUUGAAGAUUCUGCAAGAGCUGCCUAGUGUGAGCCAGGAGACCCUGAAGCAUAGUGGGAUUGGACGAGCAGUGAUGUAUCUCUAUAAGCACCCCAAGGAGUCAAGGUCCAACAAAGACAUGGCAGGGAAAUUAAUCAAUGAAUGGUCUCGGCCUAUAUUUGGGCUCACCUCAAACUACAAGGGAAUGACCAGAGAAGAGAGGGAGCAGAGAGAUCUGGAGCAAAUGCCUCAGCGACGAAGACUGAGCAGCACUGGUGGUCAGACACCCCGAAGAGACCUAGAAAAGGUGUUGACAGGAGAGGAGAAGGCUCUUAGACCUGGAGAUCCUGGAUUUUGUGCCCGGGCUAGGGUGCCGAUGCCCUCAAACAAGGACUAUGUUGUCAGGCCCAAGUGGAAUGUGGAAAUGGAGUCAUCCAGGUUUCAGGCAACCUCCAAGAAAGGUAUCAGUCGACUGGAUAAACAGAUGAGAAAGUUCACAGAUAUCAGGAAAAAAAGCAGAUCUGCACACGCAGUGAAAAUCAGCAUCGAGGGCAAUAAAAUGCCAUUGUGACCUUGCCUGGGACGUGUCCCCAUCACUACUCUAAGAAAUGCGCAGUGGACUCUGGAGAAAGAAGAUAUUUUUUAAAAAUUUUAGUGUGUCUGUAAAUGGUUCAGCUUGUAUCACAUGUUGUCACAGGACUCGCAUUUCUCUCAGUUAUAUUUAAAACCAUUUGUUGUGUACUUUGUACAGAGAAAUACUAGUCAUACUUCUGUAAACUUUACACAAUAAAAUUUCGUUCUGGUUUUGG